CAGUCAGCGUUGCCAUGGCCGUUCCCGCAAGGGGUUCUGGGAAGGCGUCUUCCGGGUUCCCGAUGCGCAGGCGCGGCCCGCUCCAAUGGCUCCUACAUUUUCGGAGCCGGCUUCACGCUUCCUGGUCGUGAGGGAAGCGACCAGAGCGAGGUGCCCGGUGCAUGGGCGACGGGCGGGCAUCUGUAAGGAGAUGGUGACCUUUGAGGACGUGGCUGUGAACUUCACCCAGGAGGAGUGGCAGGACCUGGAUGAUGGCGACAGGACCCUUUACAUGGAGGUAAUGCUGAACAUCUACCGAAGCCCGGUGUCAUUGGAUGUUCAGAAUGUGGAUAACCUGAUUGAAACCAAUCUGGAAAAUUGGGAUAGGCAUAUUUUUAAUGUACUCAACAGGAGUCAAACAUCAAUUAAUGGGAGAAAUGACUUAGUAAAAACAUAUAAUUAAAGCUCUACCCAUAUUUUGAAACAUAUUAUAAAAAAU